AUGCUGCCGCCUGAUGAAAUCGCAUAUUCCAAGCAAUCCAUCCUAGAGUUACAAGAAUACCUCGAAGAAAACAACAAUAUCGUAAUUAAUUCAGAUAUCUUAACAACAAAGAAAAUAAAGGAGCUUCUUGAUCCAUGGGCUUGGUUAACAUCGGAUCAUAUCAAUACGUAUUUUUCAAUGCUCAAUACCAAGCAUCCACAAAUUCACGCGUUCCCAUCAUACUUUUACACAAAGUUAACAGCCAAUCAUGAAUAUAACUAUGAUGGGGUGAGACGUUGGACUAAAAGGACAUGUAUAUUUGAUAAAGCGAUAGUUUUUAUUCCGAUCAACUUUAGUGAUUCACAUUGGGUUUUGGCAGUACUGCGAAUGGGUCAGCGAAUAAUUGAGAUAUGGGAUUCACUGGGUGGACAACGCCACAAGAAAUCUAUUAGAGAAAAUGUUAAUCAAUAUUUGCGAGAUGAAUAUAGAGAUAAAACGCAAAGUAAAAUUAUUAAGGCAAAAGAGUUUGAAAAGUGGCCGGUAAAAAUGAAGUUUAGAACGGGAAAAACACCACAAAUGGAUGCAAAUUCGUGUGGAGUGUUUAUUUGUUUUUUUGCUAGGUUAUUAGCUGAAGGUUAUGAAGAUGAUGAGAUAUUUGAUAUAUUGUUUAAUCAUAAUGUAGUUGAACAUUAUCGAGAAUUUUUUGAAAGAUAUACUGCAUUGGAAUUAUUAGAUAAUAAAGAAGUAGAAGUGGAAAAGGUUUCUUGUAAAUUUGAAGAUUGUGAUACAGAAUAUGUAUGGCUAGGAUCAACUAGUAAUUGUAUAACCCAUCUUCGUGAUAUAUACCAAAUCACCAAAGAAUCACUUAAAAAUACAUUAGUAAAAGCAAAGCAACAAAUGAUUUACCAAAUCAUACUUGACAUUGGAGAGUUGGAUAAACAUCAUGAAUCUGAUAUUGUUGAAUCUGUUAAUUCUGAUCUUAAUAAAUUUAAAAUUAAUUGUCAAAACGUUUUUUUUAUUACUACUGAUAAUGAAUCCAAUGUCAGGUUCGCAGUGCAACAAAUGGGUUUAAAGGAAGUUAAUAAAAUCAUUUCAAAAUGUAAAGCACUUAUCUCAAUUUUAUCAAAAGAAAAAAAACAUAGACAACUUUAUGAAGCUCAAUUACAGAUUACUUCAGGGCUUAAAGAGCCACUUGAUGUUAUUAAAGAUGUGGAUACACGAGCAGAAACUAUAGGCCCUUAUAUUUCCUCUUCAGAAGAAUUUGAAUUAUUAGAAGAACUUAUCGAAGUUCUUUUCCCUUUUGAUGAAUAUCCAAUACUGGGUUUCAUGACACCAAUUUUGGAAGAACUUGCUUGUCGGCUUAGAUAUUUUAUUGGACAAAAUAGUAUGACAAUUCUUGUUAAAGAUACAAUUUUAGACAAUUUAAUUGAAUGUGCUUUACAGCAUACAACUAUUCAGAAUAUGUGUCAACAAUUUAAUAAGCUAUGUUCAAUACAAACCUCUAAUGAUAAUUUAACAUCAAUUAAUGAUAAUAAUCCAUCUUUAACAUCUUCAUAUCAACAUAAAAAAACCAAGAUAUCAGCAUUUUUUAUGCAUUUGCAUACAGAAAACUCUAACGUUGAGCCUAAUGAAUUUGACCAAUAUUGUGAACUCCCCUCAAUUGCUCUUGACGAAGAAUCUUCAAGAAGAUAUCUUGCAGUGCCAGCAUCUUCCGUACCAUCAGAGCACCUAUUUUCUGAUGCCAGAAAUCAUGUAAUGGAUAAGC